UCCAGCAGUUCCUGGCAGAGCUUGCAGGGAGAUUGCAGGGCAUGGCAGGCAAGCAUUACUGCGAGCUGUUUGCCAGAGCGCAGCGCAAGGCCGCAAUGGUUAUGAUGGAAUUGCCAGAGGCCAUAGAUGGCGUGGUUAAGGAGGAGCCCAGGGAGGGACUGGUUAUGGAGCGGUUCCGGCAGUUUCCUGCCAGUGCGUGCGUGGGCGGCCAGGUAUUAUGCGAAAAUGAUGCUAUUUGCCGAGUGUUUCGGCGACCGCGUUAUCGCCAUAAAAUGCCUGUGGGUAGCAUAUACGAAUCUGGCGGUGUUUGCCUGUGGGCUGGUUCAGGGCAGAUAUGCAGGCGACGGGCGGGCGGCUGAGGGCGAGCUGUGGGAGAACGCCAAGGCGCUGCUGGAGGCUCUGAAUGCGCGGCUGCUGCGAUACUGGCUGUACGGCCCGCCGCCGGCCACAGUGCGCAUGCCUGGCACAGACAUACCGGACCUGCCAGGCGACCCGCACAUGUGGUGGCCGCUGGGCGGAGUGCUGGGCGCCCAGCCAGACACCAGCCGCUCGGUGUGCCUGGCAAAGGCUGCGCGGCAGGCAAGCGAGCACUCGCGGCUCCUGCAAGACGGCUGGGCUGGGCGGCAGUACGAGAUCCAGGCGGUUCUGCACCAGGUGGCCGAGAAGAAUGGCGUGCGGUUUGCGUCGCCGGAUGUGUGGCCCGAGUCACCAGCCGUGCUGUUUUCGCUGGCCGCGCGUGCCCGCCUGGAGCGCAUGCAGGGGCAGGCGGCGCUGGAGUUGCUGGAGCAGGCGCUGCUGUGUCUGGACGGCAAAAUCGAUCUGUCAGCCGAGCAGCUGGUGGUGGCAGCAGGGGCAAAGCGCAGCCAUCUGUUCCUGAUGCUGCUGAGCGAGGUCGGCCAGGCCCUUGUGAUGCUAGACCGGCCAGCCGACGCCCUGGGUAUUUUUGUUGCAGUGGCAGCGCAGUUCCGCCGCCAGGGCUGGGCCGAGCUGACUUGCCAUGCCCUGCGGUGGGUUGCAAAGUGCGCUGAAACCACCAAUGACGCCGAGCAGUGCGCGCGGGCUGCGCUGGAGCUGAUGGUUUUGGACAAGGCCCAGUGCGGGCGGACAGCUGGUGGAGGCGGCCGGGCGGCUGGAUCAUCUGGUGAGUGUGGGGAUGUGCCAGGUGUUCGCGCCCAUCACCUGCCACGCCCAUCUGCUCGCCUGCCAGACCGAUUCCCGCACAUUGCCCCUGAGAUACCAGGUGGUCUUGGACUGCCACGGGCUGACCGAACCACUUGCAGCUGACGGAGCUGCGCGUCGAGUUCAGCUCCCAUCACGUGCAUGUGCGCCAUGCUGCAGAGAACAAGCCCGCAGCAGUUCUAGCCAAUGUAAGGUUUGCUGAGCUCGCGGGCACCGCAGCCGACUGCGACCUGCUGCUUGUGCCCGGCACUACUGUGGUAUUAGAGGGACAGGUAGAGAUCGAGAGCGACACGCGGGAUUCCCUGGUUUUGGAAGGCAGUCAGCGCAAUGGUGGGCGAGAAUCUGCGGCUGUUUUGGCAGACAUCCUGCGAGCAGUCGCUGGUGGCAGCCGACGAGGCACUGACAGAGGUAGAGCGCCGGGU